UCACCUCAUCAACUCGUCUAGUUUUGUGAAUGUAAUUUACACAGAGUAUCACUAGUACGGUAAUUACGAGGAUAACUCGGAGAGUAAUCAUGUCGAAUCAGUAGUCUCCGAGGCAAGGGAAUUCCACGAAUAGGUAUAUAAUGACGAUAAUCAACAAGCGGAAAGCUCACAGUUUUACUUGGAUGAAGAGGUGAACACUGGUUUGAACGAUGAGGGAGUCCAGGAGAAACAAGAAGGGACACCUAGCAGAUGACUGAGGAAGGCAACGCGACUCCCGCAGCAAGACCGUAAUUGUCACGCUGUCGAUGAUAUCGUGAGAAUGGGAGUGCUGAAAGAAUGCAUCAUCACCAAGAUACCACAUCAAGUGAAGAAGCUCCAAUCCAGAGCUGAAAAAGCUUUCUGGCGGAGCUGAAUGCUGCCCUCAACCGAUGAAGUUGUACACUGCUAUAAAUGCGGGUUCGUUCAAAAGGACGGAAUGUACAGACCCUCGUCGUCGCCUCGGUUCAUCCUCCCAUACCUCCAUUGCCUCAGAAAGUACAGUCACCCGGACGGUAAAUACUGACCUUUUUCCAUCAUCUCCCUUUAACCCUCUUCCCCGUACCAGUUCAGGCAAUCCCAUCCCAUCAUCACAAAAAAUCCCGGAAAAAAUAGUUCAUUACAAAAUCAUGAGCUGCAGCAAGAGGAAUGGAGGACCAUAGACAACUAGAGAGCCAUUACUUUCUCAGCAUAAUUUCUCAUCCGUAUUUUACAACACCGCGCAAGAGUAUCGCGCAAUUUACGAUGAAGUGGGAUAAACCGAGUGAGUUAGAGGAGGGGCCCAUGCGCACUGCGGAUAAAAUUGUUAUAUCUUAAACACGACACCUGCCUCCUACCCGAGAGUCCACCACCCGCACAAGGACGUCGGCGCUUUGUCGAUCCAGUUCCGGACGUUCCGUCACAAUAAACAUGCAGUGCUGUUGUUCAAUGUCCAAUGGACACCGGGACGAUUAUAAAUAUUUGGUAAUGGGAAAAUUAUUAUCGUUUAUCAUAUCGAUCACCUCCUCCGGCUAACAACGCGUAAGGAACACGUAACGUUUAAUUAAAAAUGUAGUUUUCAUUGCCAAUUAUCCAAUGUGCCGAGGUAAAUUGAGAUCGAGGGAAAACGUUGAGCCUGAAAUUUGGGUGUUGACAUUGUGCUUGACCCGGACGAAAGAUGGCCAAUUCACCGACAACUAUUGAAAAUCAGAUCGACAGUUUUUUGGAGCAAUUCAAGAGGAGUGCGACAAGGGCCAUGGAGGAGACACAGAGGAGUUACCACGCAAGCAGCUCCAUCAGUCGCAGUAGGAGCGGCAAUCUAGAUCUAGAGGUCUUAGAGGCCGAGGAUGUGGAGAGUAUGACAGGGGAAAUUGAGAACGGCGAUCUGGCCGUUCGCGACGUUGCGGACCUCCUCCAGCCCCAGUACGCAAUCAUCACUGGUGGUAAAACGAGGGAGGGAUGCCCCAUUAUUACCUUUCCUGAUAAUGGGAAUUUUCAUAAUUUAACGGAUCUGGAUUAUCAGCGGCUCAUGCUGUAUCUCACCUCAGUACCAACAUUACAAGAAGCAGAUCUCGGGUUUCAUUUGAUAAUCGACCGUAGGACUGACAAGUGGAAUUCGGUCAAGACAGUGUUACUUAAGAUCUCAGCUUAUUUUCCCGGUCUCGUGCACGUGGCGUAUGUCCUUCGGCCGGUCGGCUUUCUUCAAAAGGCCAUAUCCGAGGUGUCGAAUAAGCUCUUUCGCGAGGACUUCAAGUUCCGUGUGAUUGUCCUGGCGAAUGUGAAUGAACUCCAUGACUUCAUCGACAAGGAUCAAUUGACUGAGCAACUCGGUGGGGAUUUACCGUACUGCCAUCAUACUUGGAUACAAAAUCGUAUUAGCCUGGAGAAAUUCUCCUCAAUGACCCAAGACGUGUCCGUAGCACUGGACUCAUUCACACGUAGGCUUGCAGAGGUUGAAUUCCCGAAUAAUACGGUUGCCACGACUAGGCUGUUGAGUCAGCAGCAAGCUGAGUACAAUGAAUUGAAAGAGGAAAUAUUGAGUGCCGCGAGACACGGUGAGGCACUUCUAGACAGUGUCAGACAACUGACCGGUAAAGGUACUGCCGAUCGGUUGGGAAACGUUGCUGCAGUUGAAAGACUGUUAGUGCAAUUAGAAGAGACAGAGCGCACAUUUGACCUCUUCUGGUCUCAUCACAGUGCACGAUUACGUCACUGUCUAGCCCUCCGGCAAUUCGAGCAGGAUUUUCGAGAGCUCCAAGCUAAUCUCGAUCAGCAUCUGAAGACAAUCGAUGAAAUGACAGAAGUCGGUGAGACCCAGUCACGCGUAGACCAACUGAUACAUGAUACAAACUCCUUCCAGCGAAUAUGCAGGGGAGACAUAGAUCGAGCUGAGGAGGUAAUAGCUGCAGGCCAGCAGUUGCUCUCGGGGAGACACCAGUGUCCAACUGAAGUGGUGGAGCCAAAGUGUGCGGAAUUGCAACGGGUCUGCACAAUGUUGAGUCAGAGGUUGGAACGACGUUUGCAUACCCUCACGAAAUGUCGGGAAUUGAUGGAGAGAAUCGACAAGGCAAACGCAUGGUGUACACGAGGUAUUGAACUCUUGGCCUCUCAGAGCAGUACAAUGCCCUCGGAGCAAGCGCUGCAAGAGCUUGAGCAAUUGAUCGGUGCAUCUGAAGAGUUUCAUCACCCCAGAUGCAUCUUUCAAGACUCGAUAAUGCCGGAAACCAAGGCCUUGGUGACUCAGGUUCUCCAGAGGAUCGAGGAUGUAUCGUUAAUGUGUGAGAAGAGAAUUGUGGCGCUGAAGCAACAGCUGGUGAAACCGGCUAGGCCAGUACAAACUGUUACUCCAGAGCCUGCUAAACCUCUUCAGGCAUCACCGAAUAUCAAGCCUGGAAGGAUACUGAAGAAAGCCAAUACGAUGCCAAAGAUGGAGAUGGGUCCUAUCGAAGACACAUCGUCCCCAGAGAGUGAGCCCCGAGACCUUGAAGCGUCUCGCCUGAAACGUGGUCACGUUCUAACCGAACUAGUGGAGACUGAGAGGGUCUACGUGGCUGAAUUGGGAUCAAUAAUAAAAGGCUACAAAUUAGAAAUGAACAAUGAAGCCCUUAUACACCUGAUACCCGCGGCCCUAAUAGGCAAGGCCGACGUUCUAUUCGGUAAUCUCGAAGAGAUCUAUCAUUUUCAUGGUGAGACAUUUCUCCGUGAUCUGGAGAAUUGCAUCUCAAAUACAGAACUUGUCGCCCUUUGCUUCGUACAGAGGCGCGAGAUAUUUUUCCGCCUCUACAGUUACUACUGUCAAAAUAUACCAAGAUCGGAGAGACUGCGUGAGCAGAUUCAGGGCGAGCCCCAAUUUCUCGCUACCUGUCAACAAAAACUGGGCCACAAACUGCCACUUGCUGCUUAUCUCCUCAAACCAGUUCAAAGAAUUACAAAGUAUCAACUUCUGCUUAAGGAUCUGCUCAAGUACAGCGAUGAGCCUGCCUGCUGCACGGAAUUGCAAGAGGCGUUGGAUUGCAUGCUUGUUGUACUCAAGUGUGUUAAUGAUAGCAUGCAUCAGACUGCAAUCACUGGAUUUGGGGGAGAUUUGACAGCCCAGGGAGAGCUUCUGCUUCAAGGAUCCUUCAGCGUAUGGAGUAGUAGCAAACGUGAGCGUUUGCUCAGACUCAAACCCUCGCAACGUCACAUCUUCUUGUAUGAGAAGGCCAUGAUAUUUUGUAAACAUAGUAAACCGCAGGCCCAUAACAAAGCUACUUAUCACUUCAAGCGUUAUCUCAAGAUGUCCCAAAUAGGCCUGACUGAAUCGGUCAAAGGCGAUACGAGAAGGUUCGAGAUAUGGCUUCAAGGUAGACAAGAGGUCCACACGAUACAGGCACCGAGCCUGGACGUCAAGCAGUCCUGGGUGCGACAGAUCAAAGGUGUUCUUAUGUCACAAUUAGCGGAAUUAAAAGGGAAACAGAAUACAGCAUUGGCUAAAUCGAAUCAUAAGUACGCACCUCUCCGGCAAACAAUAUCCUGGGAGGCGCAGUCCAGUGUGUCAGGAUCCGUGAGGACCCUCUCAGUAGAUGGAAACAGUGUGACAUCCCACAUAACAGAUGUCUCUCAGUCCACGGAAGAGGAUGUGGUCUGGAGCUCUGACAACAGUAACACGGACGAGGAGGAUGCCUUCUCUGAGAAUCCAGGGCCCGCUCCGGGCGGUAGAUACGUCGCACUGGCUGAUUACUGCGCAGUAGGACAGUCAGAGGUGACUAUGAGAGAGGGAGAUCAUCUGGAGCUGCUCAAGGUAGGAUGUGCUGGUUGGUGGUUCGUCAAGCUCAUUGGCACUGGAAUCGAGGGUUGGGCACCAGCUGCUUAUCUAGAGCCUGUCAGUCGCAAGACGUCUCGCAGUUCACAGUCUGUGAAUAGUCAGGAGAUAUGAAAUAGGCGUCUAACACACUAGGUUGACAGCCUCGUGUGUUAGAAAUUUUUGGUACCAAAAUAAUUUUUCGCCAGCAGUCCAAUCAAAGGAGAUUUUUGUAAUUUCUGGGCAAUAUUCGCUUGGAUAACAUUUUAUUCGAGGAUCAGGCAACCCUUGUUGGUAGAAUUUAUUGUGAAUAGUCACAGAGUUAGACAAUAUACAUGUAGAAAUUUCUAAACAUUGUUCAUAUUUCUGUUGGACAUAAAUUCAGCGAGACAGUAUUUUCUUGACAAGACUCGCUUUCCAUACACCAGAGUCUCUUCAUUGUUUCGAUGAAACAUUCAGGAGUCCUAUUACAAAAUAUCGACUGCAACAGAAAAUUAAGGGACUUGGUUGUGUGUAGUAUAUGAUACUGUCAAGAAAUUCCUGUAUCGGUGCUGAAGUACGCCUUUUUGAUGUUGAAGCGAGUGCCGGCCAACUGCUCAGAUGAUGGGAUAAUUAGUUUUCAGGCCAAAUUAAUUAGUAAAUUUAUCGAUUUUUGACUGAGUUAGCCAGUACAGUAUUUUCGUAAAUUAAUUUUUCAGAUGAGCGUCCGGUUUAUUCUUAUUUUGAGUAAUUGCGAUUGUCUCGAUCGAGGCGGAAUUUUGGAGUAAUUGUAUAUAAUGGAUACACCAAAUUAAUUAUUCAGUGAGGAUAUUCUUAUUGAUGACGCAAAGUCGCACUAAAAUCAUGAUAACGUUGGGGCCGAAUGGGAGGUCUUAUUGCCAUGUUAGGGAUUAAGCUUGUUGCAGUAUCUUACUAAGUUUCUUGCUGGACCAAUGAGUGUUUAUUCGCCAGUAAUUAAAUGUCUCGUAAAUCGACGAUGAUCGUCAGUUGUUGAGAACUGAGGAAGGUUACAAUUUUUUCGAAAAUUGUCAAGUUUCAGACUUGCAAAUUGCAAUCACUUAACACCAAUUCAUUCAGUGGUAGUUCAUAAUGAGAGAUAAAUACGAAUUACAGUAAUAGGGGAUAAAGCAGGGGUUGAGGAAUUCAAGAUGUCAGAUAUACAGUGAUUUUAAGUGAUGAGAAUGUUAUUAAUAGGAAAUUCAAUACGCACAUGAGCCCGAAUGAGUGAAAUUUAGUAGAGAGAUGAUUUUUGAGUGGGAAUUUGAGAGUUUUUUCCUGUCAACACCGAAAAUUGAAGAUCAUACAUUGAAAAUUGUCAGGAAUAUACAGUAAUAAUGACAAUGUGAUAGUAAUUCUAUUACUUAGGAAUGAAAUAUUAAUCUUACAUCUUUAGUUCAUGUGAAAUAUUCUCAUCCCAAAAUAUUUCGUUGUGGAAAGCAAAGUUUUAUACAUUCGCAUAGAACAAUUUUUAUCUCGGCAGGAAUCGGAAUGGGAUUUUAGUUCGCUCUCUUAGUGCAGAGAAUUCAGUAAUAAAAGGGUAAAACUUAGCAUUAACCAAUUACAAUCCAAUAUUUUUUGUUAAUUCUUUGACCAUCUGGGUGGAGAAUUAUUAAAACAAAACAUUUGUCAGUUUUUUGCAGUCGAUGGAAUUUUGUUUUCCCCUGUCUCUACUGAAUGUUAUUUAUAUUUCUAGUUAAUGAAGGUAAUUGAUGAUACUGAUAUAUAUAAUGCACGAGUUCCGCUCGUUCUCGAUUUUUUAUACGUAGUGAAGAAGAGUCAACAACGUAACGAAAAACCAAAUGAAUUCACGAUUUACGAUUGUUCUAGGGCAACAACAUAUAAUAGACAAUAAAUUUUGUCCAUUGUUUAAAUUAGAACGGAGCAUAAAGAAUAAAUUCAUGCAAUUUUUUGCAAUAGGAGAUAAUGUUCAAUGAUAGAUCCGAUAAAAAACUAAAGCCCCAAAACCUUAUAGAACUAUACUUAACAGAAUAUUUCUAACUGAAAUGAGCGUUGAUCAUGAGAUUUAUAGAAUCAGAAUUACUUCCUCAUUCGUUUCAGUUGCUCCUCUAACCUUGGCGAACAAAAAAAAAUUAGAUUCUAUUUUUACACCUGAAAAAUGAUGUAAAUCAGUGGAAUUGCUUCCAAUUUUCCUUAGAGUUGGUCAUUAGUCAUUCGAACAUGAUAACAUUUACAUUACAUUUGAAAUUUAUUACAAUUUAGAUGCCCUUUUAUCCUUUUGAAACAUCAUAAUUUCUUGCAAUUGACAUUGCUCAAUUUUCAGUUUUCUGUGGAUAAUUGAACAAUUGUUGUUCCCUCCAGAUUAAACGAGAAGAGAUGACAAAAAAAACUGUUGACUUAUUGCAGGUGAAGAAAUGAUAGAACGUGGCUGUUCAGAGCGGCUCACGUGUUGAAUUCACGUUUAGCUCGUUCCUCGAUCCACCAGUUGGACACUAAGAUAAAUAUAUAAUAUGCAAUUUUACCUGAUAGAGUUAGAUUAUUCAUCGUAAUAGAGAGAAACUUUACAAGAGAAAUAUUGAUUAACGAAACACCAUGUAAUUUUAUUUUAGUCAUUUAUUUAUUGUUUUUAGAUGUUUAUUGAAUGGAGAAAGUUUUUAUUUUAUUUAAAACAUUGGAGGAUGUUUAUUUCUGUGGAUGAUUUAUAAAAUUUUGAGGAUCUCGAUCUUCUGAAUUUUUUUUACUGUUAUAAUUCUGAAAGGUUCAUUAUUUUCGUACUUUUCUGUCAUGAAAAUGGUAAUUUGUAAUGAAGCAUUUUAAAUAAACUGUUAAAUUGCACAA